AUGGCGCCGCCGCAGCCCGCCGGGACGAUGCUACCGCUGCCGUCCACGGUGGGAUGGUCGGCGUCCGGCUUCGUCGCCGCCGUGCUCGCCCGCCUCAUCCGCAAGGGCCUCGAGCUGCUGUCCGAGCUCGACGAGGCCGCCGCGGGACACCUGCGCCGCCUCGAGGGCCUCCUCCCGUCCGUGUGGCGCGUGCUGGACGCCGCCGACGCCGGCGCCGUCGACCUCGGCGGGCGAGCCCUGCAGGAGCUGCUCGACGCCGCCUACGCCGCGGACGACGCCCUCGACGACGUCGAGCCCGCCGCCCCGGGCGUGGCGAGGGACGGCGCGGGCGCCGAGAAGGCGCGCCUGGCCGCCGCCGCCACCGCCGUGGCGCGGAAGCCGCGCAGCCCGCUCAGGUUCUUGCUCUGCUUCAGCCCGCCGAGAAAUGCCGUUGCCGCAGCCGGCGGCCAUGGCAAAAGCUCCAAGUCCAAGAUCAGCGGCGUCGAUCUGCACGGACUACGACAAGCGCUCGAGACCAUGGCGCAAGCGGCGUACAGGUGCGCGUCCAUGUACGAGCACGCCGCGCCGCAGAGGAACUACGCCACCGUCGUGUCGGGGCAGACGGAGGAAACCGAACAGGAUGACAUCUUCGGGAGAGAAGCCGAGGUGGAGCAGAUCUUGCAGGAUGUGAGGUUCGGCGAGGAUCCGCACUACCGCCUAGGCAUCGGCGUCCUUCCUGUCGCCGGUCACGCCGGCAUCGGCAAGACGGCGCUCGUGCGGUUCAUCUUCCACCACGAGGUCGCCAGGGCCGAGUUCGCCGUGCGGAUGUGGGUGCACGUCUCUGGCGCGUUCCGGCUAAGGAGGCAGCUCAUGGAUCAGAUGGUCCACGCGGUUGCCGGCCAUGAUCGUGACGACGGUGACGCCAGGGAGCUUCUGCACAAGGAGCUGACAGGCAAGAGGUUCCUGCUUGUGCUUGAUGGCAUCACCGACGUCGUCGAAGACCAGCGGGGGGAUCUAAUGGAGGUGCUGAAACCGGCGGCUAGGAGGAGCUUGAUCAUCGUGACAACUCGGUCUGAGACUGUUGCGACAGCAAUCGGCACCAUGCCGGUGUUAACCCUGGGCCCUCUAGGAUCCGAUGAUUACUGGAAGAUGUUCAAGCAUUUCGCAUUUGGCAGCACAGAGGAUACCGAAGAAUGCACUCUGUUGGGGGACGACUGGGAUGACGUCGAGGAGGAUGAGGAGGAGUUGUCACCAAUGGAGCAAAUUGCUUCAGAAUUAGCGAAGAAGAUGGCUGGCCUGCCGUUACCAGCACAGGCGAUCGGGCGGGCGCUGUACUUCCGGAGGGACGAUGAGGAUCACUGGAGAAACGUGCUGGAAGACAAGCUGUGGGAGAGCCAAGAUGUCUGCGGGAUCUCACCGGCAUUGUGGCUGAGCUAUCGCCAUCUCGAUCCCCGCCUCAAGCAGUGUUUUGCAUAUUGUGCAGUCUUCUCAGAUGACUAUGUGUUCAGAAAGGAAGAAUUGGUGAACAUGUGGGUGUCACAGGGACUGAUAUACUCUGAUCGUGAGGCCAUGAGGCUGGAGGACAUCGGCGGUGAGCUCUUUGAUGAACUGGUUCAUAGGUGCUUCUUUCAGCCUAUUGGAAGUAACAGGUAUGUCAUCCACAGUUGGAUGCAAGAGCUUGCACGAGCAGUUGCAACAAGCCGAUUCUUCACUAUCACUGAAAGCUCAGGAGAUGUCCCACGGGAAGUUCGUCACCUGACGAUCAGGACAAGUAACCUGUCCAAGCUGAAGAAGGAUUUGGAGUUGCAGGUUUCGCCUUCCCCUGAUCAUCAUUUCCUGUACCGAGUUCGCACAAUUCUGUUCCACGCAGAUCUCAGUGAAUCGGAUGAUUUUCUGGAUGUUUUGGCUCACAUCUUCUCCAUGACCAAGAGCAUGAGAGUCCUUGGCCUGUCAGGCGCAAACAUAACAUAUUUGCCUCCAGAGAUCGGCCAACUCCAACACCUCCGUUAUCUCAACUUGUCAGGAAACAAAAUAAUUGACAUUCCAGAGACAGUAUGCCAGCUUUACAACCUCCAAGUGUUGGAUGUCCGCAGCAAUUCUCCUUCUUUGCAACCUCCCAAUGGCAUUACAAGUUUGAUUCACCUGAAGCAUUUGUAUGCAAGUGAGGUGUUCCUUUCAAGCACAGGUGACAUGAAGGGUCUCUCGAAUUUGCAACAAUUGGAUGUAUUCUGUGUUGGUGGUAGCAUGCACAUCGACACCUUGCGACAAAUGACUCAACUGCGAGGAAAACUUCACAUCAGGGAUCUCCGUCAGGUUGAUGUUAGUGAGGUCAGCAAGGGCAUGCUGAAGGGAAUGCAGUACCUGAGUGCACUGCAGUUGUCAUGGAGUAGCUGUGAUGGCCAAACCAAAGAGAUCUCAAAGGAUGAAGAGUUGCUUGAGUGCUUGCAACCACAUGACAACCUAAGGAGUCUGGAAAUUAUGGGGUAUCGAGGCGUCAAAUACCCAUCUUGGAUGACGAAGCCCUCUGGUUCCUUGUCGAAUGUGACAUCGAUGUACUUAAUUGACUGCAUGAACUGUAAGACCCUGCCUCCUCUGCAUGUACUGCCAAGCCUUGAGGUCCUGGAGAUCAGAAGGAUGCCUUCUAUCACCAAAGUGAGUGCUAUCCCUCAACGAUCAGACCAAGAAUCGUUUCUGAAGCUCAAGAGACUCAUCUUUGAAGGCGCGCUGCAUUGCACAGAAUGGUUGACAGAAACCUCAAAAUCAAGAAGUAUGGCAUUUCCAUGUCUUUGUGAGCUCGAGAUAAGGAGCUGCCCAAAGCUGACAACCUUUCCUGACCUUCCCCUUUCACUCACUAUCAUGAUCAUCGAGAAUGUUGGUCUCGAGAUGCUGCCAAGGAUUAUUGACAAGCAACCAUCAGCAGAAGAAGCCUUGGAGGCAACAUCAAAACAUGGUAGAUGGACAUCAGGGCUCACCACAUUACGAGUUCAUCAGUGUCACAGGCUGAGGUCGCUAGCAACUAGCCUGCUUCAGCAGCAGCACCUCCUGAAGUCCCUUGAGUUUCUUUCAAUCAAGAACUGUGACAAUGUCAUCUGUGACAUCCCUGAUGGGUUCAAAGAUCUUACUGCGUUGAGGGAUAUCUCCCUGUAUGACUGCCCCAAGAUGCUCGUCGACAAGUUCCACACAUCGGUGCGAACAAUGGAGAUCAGUGAAUGCUUCGUUGUGCAGGGUGGAUGGGUGGACGAGGAUCCGAUCCUCUUCUCGGUUUGGAACCUGAGAAUAACAGGGUGCUCUCAUGUAAGAAGUGAUGAGGUCAGCAAAAUAGAGCAGUUGGAUUGGUUGAGCUCCCUGCUCAAUGUGUACAACCUUCACCUGGAGAACACACUGAUCCUAAGAUUAAGCAUGUUUGAUCAGCUUCCUUCUCUUGAGAUCCUAGAGAUUGAUGGAUGUGACACAUUCUUUGCUGAUUCAUCUGACUUUACAUGGCUUGAGAGGCUGCAGGUCCUCAGCAUUAGGAACUGUAGGGAAAUGUCGAGGCUACCAGAGAACUUGUGCACGCUUCCUGUGUUGGAAGAACUGUGCGUGGAGAACUGUCCGGCUAUUGAAGCAUUGCCAGAGAACGGCCUGCCACCAUCUCUAAAAAGACUUUCAAUCUGCAACUGUGGUUCGCGGCUGAUUGAGCGGUGUCGUGACGAUGAACUUGACAGGCCAAAGAUUGCAAUCAUCGGUGUAGUUUACAUUGAUGGACAAUGCAUUGGACCAAAAUAAGUUGACAUGUAAUUUUUCUUUCAGAUCAUACAUAGGCUGUCCAUUGCUUCACACCUAUGAUUUGCCGUAAGUCUUUCCAUCAUACACAGAGAAUGAUUCCUGCAGUCCCCAGGCCGGUGAUGAAAAUGAUACUAUAUGAUCUGCUUUGCUGUACCUGAACAUUAGUUCCUGUAGUACCCUUGGAUUGCUCUUUGAUGUACAAAAGAAAAUCUUGAUAUAGAAAUACUGCAGGCUUGCUGGGCCCAAAACAGAGUUUUA